AUGUUGCCCAAGAUCUCCUCCUUCGGCAUUCUUGCCUUCUUCGGCACUCUCGUCUCCUCCGUCACCGCCGCAGCCAUCGCCAACCCCGUCCAAGCUGCUAACGGUACCACCACCUUCAGCGACAGCCAGACCAGUGCUAGAUUUGCCGCUGCCGGCGACAUCUGGCUGACUCCUCACGACAAGUACAGCUCCUCCGUUGGCGUCUUGGGAUGCAAGGUAGACGUUAACCACAUGGCCUACUGGCCCGAGGCGAUCGGCUGUGACGACUUCUGCAUCGAAGUUUCCUACGGUGGCCGCUCCGUCACCCUCCUGCGCGUUGACAACUCUGCCGGCGCCCACGAUAUCUCUUUCGAGAACUGGAACUACUUGGAGACCGGCUACCCGGCCUCGGAAAAGAACCACAUCCAGCCCUCCGCGGGCUUCACUGCCCAGUACAAGACAGUCGAUCCCAACCAGUGCCGCAGCCUGAUCAAGACUGCCUCUGGCAAACUCCCGUUUUCCGCUGCGACGUCCAUCAACUACAUUUCGAACUGCGUCCUCAACCAUCCGAAUAGCUGGGUCGCUCAGAAUUUCGAGCUGUGGAACAUUUACGAUUCCCAGUGUAACUUGGGAUACAAUGAGAUCUGUCAGACACCUGACUUCAAGAGUGGCUUCAAUCAAGCCAAGUGCCCGCACACCCUGGGAAGCCAGGAUAAGUUGGUUGGUCAGGAUGUCUGGAACAUUCUGUAUCCGAGUGGUGAUGCGGAGGAAGCGAAGGGUCCCGGUGAGGCUUAA